CAAGUGUGUGUCGUGGAUGUGGUCUAUGAUGGGGAAGCCCGCGGGUUUGCUGUUGCUCCUAAUUUUACAGUUUUUUAAAGGAGGCAAUCCAGGGACACCUGUCUCGAGCUGUGAUUCGUGUCAUGAUGAAGCCACGUGCCGGGAGUCACGAGAAAGAGGAGACACCUUUAGUAGCCAGGCUCUCUCUUGUGUCUGUAAAGAUGGCUUCGUAGGUGAUGGUCUCACCUGCUACAAUACAAAACUGUGCAGUGACUCUUCUUGCUGUGGCCAAGGUUAUCACUGGUCACCAGACAGGGGCUGUGUAGAAACUGACGAGUGCUCCCUCCCAGACUCACCAUGCGUGCCACCUCAGGUGUGCCAUAACACACCAGGCUCUUUCAAAUGCCUGGAGCCGUCCCCCAACACCAGAUCUGUCCUCUCUCCCCAAUCUGUCCAGUUUCAGUGUGGAGGCACUGCUUGCCCAAUAGGCAUGGACUGCAUCAGUAAUAGUGUGACUGCACGCUGUGCUGACCCCUGUGAGCACUACACUGUACUGCAAGAUGACUGGCGUUCAACAAAUAACACAAUGAAUCAGAUCACACGCUGUGAUAGAGAUAUUAACUGGCAAGGCUGGUAUCGCCUGUUUCUGGGGCAAAUUAGUGCUCACAUUCCAGAGAGGUGCGUAGGGAUAAACAGGUGUGGGACCCAUGCUCCCAUGUGGAUAACAGAACCUAAUCCCACACAGUCAGAUGCAAUUGUAAGUCGCGCUGUUUGUAAUGCCUGGACCAACAACUGCUGCUAUUUUAACUCACACACCAUCCAAGUCAAGCUCUGCUAUGGAAACUAUUAUGUCUACAAACUACUGAAGCCAUCCACAUGUAAUCUUGCCUACUGUGCAGAGUUGGACAAAACAGAUAUUGCAGUUUCUUCAACCACACCUGAUCGAACACCUCAGACCUCCGCUGCUCAGGACACAACUGGCAUCACUCAAAUAACAGCAGUGGACAACAGCACAACAGUUGAGGGACAGGUCCGCCUGGCCAAUGGAGGAAACAGCUCCUGCUCUGGCAGAGUAGAGAUCUUCCUCCGUGGACAGUGGGGGACGGUGUGUGACGACGCCUGGGACCUGAAUGAUGCCAAUGUAGUGUGCAGACAGCUGGGCUGUGGCAGGGCUCGUUCUGCACUGCAAAAUGCUGCUUAUGGACAGGGCAGUGGACCCAUCUGGUUGGACGAUGUCAGUUGUUCAGGAAGGGAACCAUCGAUAACAGACUGCAGACAUCAAGGGUUUGGGGUCCACAACUGUGGUCACAAUGAAGAUGCCAGCAUCAUAUGUGAAGUUAAUCCAGGACCAAACACCACAGUUUCACCAACCACACCUGAUCCAGAAUCUCAGACCUCUGCUGCUCAGGACACAACUGGCAUCCCUCAAACAACAGCAGUGGACAACAGCACAACAGUUGAGGGACAGGUCCGCCUGGCCAAUGGAGGAAACAGCUCCUGCUCUGGCAGAGUAGAGAUCUUCCUCCGUGGACAGUGGGGGACGGUAUGUGAUGAUGCCUGGGGCCUGGUUGAUGCUCAGGUGGUGUGUAGACAGCUGGGCUGUGGGAGGGUCCUGUCAGCACCUCUAAGUGCCCGUUUUGGACCGGGCAGAGGGCCCAUCUGGUUGGAUGAUGUCACAUGCACCGGCAGCGAAUCAAAGCUCACCGAGUGUCGCCACCGAGGGAUUGGAUCUCACAACUGUGCUCACAGUGAGGAUGCUGGUGUCGUCUGUGAAGCUGGUUCUCCAGUGAGGCUGGUCAACUCUAUCAACCGCUGCUCUGGCAGAGUGGAGAUCUACCAUGCUGGACAGUGGGGGACGGUGUGUGACGACGCCUGGGACCUGAAUGAUGCCAAUGUAGUGUGCAGACAGCUGGGCUGUGGCAGGGCUCGUUCUGCACUGCAAAAUGCUGCUUAUGGACAGGGCAGUGGACCCAUCUGGUUGGACGAUGUCAGUUGUUCAGGAAGGGAACCAUCGAUAACAGACUGCAGACAUCAAGGGUUUGGGGUCCACAACUGUGGUCACAAUGAAGAUGCCAGCAUCAUAUGUGAAGUUAAUCCAGGACCAAACACCACAGUUUCACCAACCACACCUGAUCCAGAAUCUCAGACCUCUGCUGCUCAGGACACAACUGGCAUCCCUCAAACAACAGCAGUGGACAACAGCACAACAGUUGAGGGACAGGUCCGCCUGGCCAAUGGAGGAAACAGCUCCUGCUCUGGCAGAGUAGAGAUCUUCCUCCGUGGACAGUGGGGGACGGUAUGUGAUGAUGCCUGGGGCCUGGUUGAUGCUCAGGUGGUGUGUAGACAGCUGGGCUGUGGGAGGGUCCUGUCAGCACCUCUAAGUGCCCGUUUUGGACCGGGCAGAGGGCCCAUCUGGUUGGAUGAUGUCACAUGCACCGGCAGCGAAUCAAAGCUCACCGAAUGUCGCCACCGAGGGAUUGGAUCUCACAACUGUGCUCACAGUGAGGAUGCUGGUGUCGUCUGUGAAGCUGGUUCUCCAGUGAGGCUGGUCAACUCUAUCAACCGCUGCUCUGGCAGAGUGGAGAUCUACCAUGCUGGACAGUGGGGGACGGUGUGUGACGACGCCUGGGACCUGAAUGAUGCCAAUGUAGUGUGCAGACAGCUGGGCUGUGGCAGGGCUCGUUCUGCACUGCAAAAUGCUGCUUAUGGACAGGGCAGUGGACCCAUCUGGUUGGACGAUGUCAGUUGUUCAGGAAGGGAACCAUCGAUAACAGACUGCAGACAUCAAGGGUUUGGGGUCCACAACUGUGGUCACAAUGAAGAUGCCAGCAUCAUAUGUGAAGUUAAUCCAGGACCAAACACCACAGUUUCACCAACCACACCUGAUCCAGAAUCUCAGACCUCUGCUGCUCAGGACACAACUGGCAUCCCUCAAACAACAGCAGUGGACAACAGCACAACAGUUGAGGGACAGGUCCGCCUGGCCAAUGGAGGAAACAGCUCCUGCUCUGGCAGAGUAGAGAUCUUCCUCCGUGGACAGUGGGGGACGGUAUGUGAUGAUGCCUGGGGCCUGGUUGAUGCUCAGGUGGUGUGUAGACAGCUGGGCUGUGGGAGGGUCCUGUCAGCACCUCUAAGUGCCCGUUUUGGACCGGGCAGAGGGCCCAUCUGGUUGGAUGAUGUCACAUGCACCGGCAGCGAAUCAAAGCUCACCGAGUGUCGCCACCGAGGGAUUGGAUCUCACAACUGUGCUCACAGUGAGGAUGCUGGUGUCGUCUGUGAAGCUGGUUCUCCAGUGAGGCUGGUCAACUCUAUCAACCGCUGCUCUGGCAGAGUGGAGAUCUACCAUGCUGGACAGUGGGGGACGGUGUGUGACGACGCCUGGGACCUGAAUGAUGCCAAUGUAGUGUGCAGACAGCUGGGCUGUGGCAGGGCUCGUUCAGCACUGCAAAAUGCUGCUUAUGGACAGGGCAGUGGACCCAUCUGGUUGGACGAUGUCAGUUGUUCAGGAAGGGAACCAUCGAUAACAGACUGCAGACAUCAAGGGUUUGGGGUCCACAACUGUGGUCACAAUGAAGAUGCCAGCAUCAUAUGUGAAGUUAAUCCAGGACCAAACACCACAGUUUCACCAACCACACCUGAUCCAGAAUCUCAGACCUCUGCUGCUCAGGACACAACUGGCAUCCCUCAAACAACAGCAGUGGACAACAGCACAACAGUUGAGGGACAGGUCCGCCUGGCCAAUGGAGGAAACAGCUCCUGCUCUGGCAGAGUAGAGAUCUUCCUCCGUGGACAGUGGGGGACGGUAUGUGAUGAUGCCUGGGGCCUGGUUGAUGCUCAGGUGGUGUGUAGACAGCUGGGCUGUGGGAGGGUCCUGUCAGCACCUCUAAGUGCCCGUUUUGGACCGGGCAGAGGGCCCAUCUGGUUGGAUGAUGUCACAUGCACCGGCAGCGAAUCAAAGCUCACCGAAUGUCGCCACCGAGGGAUUGGAUCUCACAACUGUGCUCACAGUGAGGAUGCUGGUGUCGUCUGUGAAGCUGGUUCUCCAGUGAGGCUGGUCAACUCUAUCAACCGCUGCUCUGGCAGAGUGGAGAUCUACCAUGCUGGACAGUGGGGGACGGUGUGUGACGACGCCUGGGACCUGAAUGAUGCCAAUGUAGUGUGCAGACAGCUGGGCUGUGGCAGGGCUCGUUCUGCACUGCAAAAUGCUGCUUAUGGACAGGGCAGUGGACCCAUCUGGUUGGACGAUGUCAGUUGUUCAGGAAGGGAACCAUCGAUAACAGACUGCAGACAUCAAGGGUUUGGGGUCCACAACUGUGGUCACAAUGAAGAUGCCAGCAUCAUAUGUGAAGUUAAUCCAGGACCAAACACCACAGUUUCACCAACCACACCUGAUCCAGAAUCUCAGACCUCUGCUGCUCAGGACACAACUGGCAUCCCUCAAACAACAGCAGUGGACAACAGCACAACAGUUGAGGGACAGGUCUGCCUGGCCAAUGGAGGAAACAGCUCCUGCUCUGGCAGAGUAGAGAUCUUCCUCCGUGGACAGUGGGGGACGGUAUGUGAUGAUGCCUGGGGCCUGGUUGAUGCUCAGGUGGUGUGUAGACAGCUGGGCUGUGGGAGGGUCCUGUCAGCACCUCUAAGUGCCCGUUUUGGACCGGGCAGAGGGCCCAUCUGGUUGGAUGAUGUCACAUGCACUGGCAGCGAAUCAAAGCUCACCGAGUGUCGCCACCGAGGGAUUGGAUCUCACAACUGUAAUCAUUAUAAAGAUGCUGGUGUCGUCUGUGAAGCUGGUUCUCCAGUGAGGCUGGUCAACUCUACCAACCGCUGCUCUGGCAGAGUGGAGAUCUACCAUGCUGGACAGUGGGGGACGGUGUGUGACGACGCCUGGGACCUGAAUGAUGCCAAUGUAGUGUGCAGACAGCUGGGCUGUGGCAGGGCUCGUUCUGCACUGCAAAAUGCUGCUUAUGGACAGGGCAGUGGACCCAUCUGGUUGGACGAUGUCAGUUGUUCAGGAAGGGAACCAUCGAUAACAGACUGCAGACAUCAAGGGUUUGGGGUCCACAACUGUGGUCACAAUGAAGAUGCCAGCAUCAUAUGUGAAGUCCUGCAUCCUCUACUCGAGACUACUCAGCUUAUCUGUGGCCGGGAAAAACUCCAAAUAGGGCUGAAUUUGGCUGCUAUAACAUCCAUGGGUUUGAACCCACACUCUGGAAACCUGGCAGUUGGCAACUGCUCCUGGGUCCGAGCGCAUGGUGAUGUUGUUUGGUACGAAGUGGAGGCACGGGUUGGUGCCUGUGGAAACAAACUGAGGACCAACCGCACACAUGUUAUCUACUCCAACAGUUUAUUUAUUUACCCAACAAAUGUGUCCUUCGCCCGUCCUACGAGUCUUCCAUUCUCCUGCGCUUAUCCCCGCAACACAGACACCAGCCUGGAUGUGGCUAUCAGACCAAUCCUCCCGACGGCACCUGGCCUCUCAGGCUCAGGUACCAAAGCCAGAGCAACCAUGACUCUAUUCCGCAACUCCAACUUCACUGAGCCUUAUCGAUCAGGCUCGGUCAACCUUCCAGUGGGCUCACCUCUAUAUGUAGGCAUUUCUGUGGUGGACCCAAGCUUUGCAGUUGUUCUGGAGGACUGCUAUGCCACUCACUCAUCAAACCCUGUUGAUCCCACAAGAUACUAUUUCAUCCAAAACAAGUGUCCCACUGACCCCAGACAAGUGGCACUGGUUGAGAGCGGCUCAUCCCGACAGGCUCGUUUCUCUGCCCUGUUGUUCCUGCGCCAGGGUGAAUACAGAGACAUUUAUCUUCACUGCAGCCUCAGCCUGUGUGACCAGAUGAGCUCCCACUGUGUUCCAUAUUGCAGACGUAGGACAUAUCGUUCUGUUUCCAGCUCUGUUCCUCUGAAGCCCCUCACCUUUGGACCAAUAACUUGGGACAAGUCACCCAACAAGUGUGUGUCGUGGAUGUGGUCUAUGAUGGGGAUGCCUGGGGGUUUGCUGUUGCUUCUAAUUUUGCAGUUUUUUACAGGAGGCAAUUCAGGGACACCUGUCUCCAGCUGUGAUUCGUGUCAUGAUGAAGCCACGUGCCUGGAGUCACGAGAAAGAAGAGACACCUUUAGUAGCCAGGCUCUCUCUUGUGUCUGUAAAGAUGGCUUCGUAGGUGAUGGUCUCACCUGCUACAAUACAAAACUGUGCAGUGACUCUUCUUGCUGUGGCCAAGGUUAUCACUGGUCACCAGACAGGGGCUGUGUAGAAACUGACGAGUGCUCCCUCCCAGACUCACCAUGCGUGCCACCUCAGGUGUGCCAUAACACACCAGGCUCUUUCAAAUGCCUGGAGCCGUCCCCCAACACCAGAUCUGUCCUCUCUCCCCAAUCUGUCCAGUUUCAGUGUGGAGGCACUGCUUGCCCAAUAGGCAUGGACUGCAUCAGUAAUAGUGUGACUGCACGCUGUGCUGACCCCUGUGGGCACUACACUGUACUGCAAGAUGACUGGCGUUCAACAAAUAACACAAUGAAUCAGAUCACACGCUGUGAUAGAGAUAUUAACUGGCAAGGCUGGUAUCGCCUGUUUCUGGGGCAAAUCAGUGCUCACAUUCCAGAGAGGUGCGUAGGGAUAAACAGGUGUGGGACCCAUGCUCCCAUGUGGAUAACAGAACCUAAUCCCACACAGUCAGAUGCAAUUGUAAAUCGCACUGUUUGUAAUGCCUGGACCAACAACUGCUGCUAUUUUAACUCACACACCAUCCAAGUCAAGCUCUGCUAUGGAAACUAUUAUGUCUACAAACUACUGAAGCCAUCCACAUGUAAUCUUGCCUACUGUGCAGAGUUGGACAGAACAGAUAUUGCAGUUUCUUCAACCACACCUGAUCGAACACCUCAGACCUCCGCUGCUCAGGACACAACUGGCAUCACUCAAACAACAGCAGUGGACAACAGCACAACAGUUGAGGGACAGGUCCGCCUGGCCAAUGGAGGAAACAGCUCCUGCUCUGGCAGAGUAGAGAUCUUCCUCCGUGGACAGUGGGGGACGGUAUGUGAUGAUGCCUGGGGCCUGGUUGAUGCUCAGGUGGUGUGUAGACAGCUGGGCUGUGGGAGGGUCCUGUCAGCACCUCUAAGUGCCCGUUUUGGACCGGGCAGAGGGCCCAUCUGGUUGGAUGAUGUCACAUGCACCGGCAGCGAAUCAAAGCUCACCGAGUGUCGCCACCGAGGGAUUGGAUCUCACAACUGUGCUCACAGUGAGGAUGCUGGUGUCGUCUGUGAAGCUGGUUCUCCAGUGAGGCUGGUCAACUCUAUCAACCGCUGCUCUGGCAGAGUGGAGAUCUACCAUGCUGGACAGUGGGGGACGGUGUGUGACGACGCCUGGGACCUGAAUGAUGCCAAUGUAGUGUGCAGACAGCUGGGCUGUGGCAGGGCUCGUUCUGCACUGCAAAAUGCUGCUUAUGGACAGGGCAGUGGACCCAUCUGGUUGGACGAUGUCAGUUGUUCAGGAAGGGAACCAUCGAUAACAGACUGCAGACAUCAAGGGUUUGGGGUCCACAACUGUGGUCACAAUGAAGAUGCCAGCAUCAUAUGUGAAGUUAAUCCAGGACCAAACACCACAGUUUCACCAACCACACCUGAUCCAGAAUCUCAGACCUCUGCUGCUCAGGACACAACUGGCAUCCCUCAAACAACAGCAGUGGACAACAGCACAACAGUUGAGGGACAGGUCCGCCUGGCCAAUGGAGGAAACAGCUCCUGCUCUGGCAGAGUAGAGAUCUUCCUCCGUGGACAGUGGGGGACGGUAUGUGAUGAUGCCUGGGGCCUGGUUGAUGCUCAGGUGGUGUGUAGACAGCUGGGCUGUGGGAGGGUCCUGUCAGCACCUCUAAGUGCCCGUUUUGGACCGGGCAGAGGGCCCAUCUGGUUGGAUGAUGUCACAUGCACCGGCAGCGAAUCAAAGCUCACCGAGUGUCGCCACCGAGGGAUUGGAUCUCACAACUGUAAUCAUUAUAAAGAUGCUGGUGUCGUUUGUGAAGCUGGUUCUCCAGUGAGGCUGGUCAACUCUAUCAACCGCUGCUCUGGCAGAGUGGAGAUCUACCAUGCUGGACAGUGGGGGACGGUGUGUGACGACGCCUGGGACCUGAAUGAUGCCAAUGUAGUGUGCAGACAGCUGGGCUGUGGCAGGGCUCGUUCUGCACUGCAAAAUGCUGCUUAUGGACAGGGCAGUGGACCCAUCUGGUUGGACGAUGUCAGUUGUUCAGGAAGGGAACCAUCGAUAACAGACUGCAGACAUCAAGGGUUUGGGGUCCACAACUGUGGUCACAAUGAAGAUGCCAGCAUCAUAUGUGAAGUUAAUCCAGGACCAAACACCACAGUUUCACCAACCACACCUGAUCCAGAAUCUCAGACCUCUGCUGCUCAGGACACAACUGGCAUCCCUCAAACAACAGCAGUGGACAACAGCACAACAGUUGAGGGACAGGUCCGCCUGGCCAAUGGAGGAAACAGCUCCUGCUCUGGCAGAGUAGAGAUCUUCCUCCGUGGACAGUGGGGGACGGUAUGUGAUGAUGCCUGGGGCCUGGUUGAUGCUCAGGUGGUGUGUAGACAGCUGGGCUGUGGGAGGGUCCUGUCAGCACCUCUAAGUGCCCGUUUUGGACCAGGCAGAGGGCCCAUCUGGUUGGAUGAUGUCACAUGCACUGGCAGCGAAUCAAAGCUCACCGAGUGUCGCCACCGAGGGAUCGGAUCUCACAACUGUAAUCAUUAUAAAGAUGCUGGUGUCGUCUGUGAAGCUGGUUCUCCAGUGAGGCUGGUCAACUCUACCAACCGCUGCUCUGGCAGAGUGGAGAUCUACCAUGCUGGACAGUGGGGGACGGUGUGUGACGACGCCUGGGACCUGAAUGAUGCCAAUGUAGUGUGCAGACAGCUGGGCUGUGGCAGGGCUCGUUCUGCACUGCAAAAUGCUGCUUAUGGACAGGGCAGUGGACCCAUCUGGUUGGACGAUGUCAGUUGUUCAGGAAGGGAACCAUCGAUAACAGACUGCAGACAUCAAGGGUUUGGGGUCCACAACUGUGGUCACAAUGAAGAUGCCAGCAUCAUAUGUGAAGUCCUGCAUCCUCUAUUCGAGACUACUCAGCUUAUCUGUGGCCGGGAAAAACUCCAAAUAGGGCUGAAUUUGGCUGCUAUAACAUCCAUGGGUUUGAACCCACACUCUGGAAACCUGGCAGUUGGCAACUGCUCCUGGGUCCGAGCGCAUGGUGAUGUUGUUUGGUACGAAGUGGAGGCACGGGUUGGUGCCUGUGGAAACAAACUGAGGACCAACCGCACACAUGUUAUCUACUCCAACAGUUUAUUUAUUUACCCAACAAAUGUGUCCUUCGCCCGUCCUACGAGUCUUCCAUUCUCCUGCGCUUAUCCCCGCAACACAGACACCAGCCUGGAUGUGGCUAUCAGACCAAUCCUCCCGACGGCACCUGGCCUCUCAGGCUCAGGUACCAAAGCCAGAGCAACCAUGACUCUAUUCCGCAACUCCAACUUCACUGAGCCUUAUCGAUCAGGCUCGGUCAACCUUCCAGUGGGCUCACCUCUAUAUGUAGGCAUUUCUGUGGUGGAUCCAAGCUUUGCAGUUGUUCUGGAGGACUGCUAUGCCACUCACUCAUCAAACCCUGUUGAUCCCACAAGAUACUAUUUCAUCCAAAACAAGUGUCCCACUGACCCCAGACAAGUGGCACUGGUUGAGAGCGGCUCAUCCCGACAGGCUCGUUUCUCUGCCCUGUUGUUCCUGCACCAGGGUGAAUACAGAGACAUUUAUCUUCACUGCAGCCUCAGCCUGUGUGACCAGAUGAGCUCCCACUGUGUUCCAUAUUGCAGACGUAGGACAUAUCGUUCUGUUUCCAGCUCUGCUCCUCUGAAGCCCCUCACCUUUGGACCAAUAACUUGGGACAAGUCACCCAAGUGAGAUGGUUACAUAUAGUAAUAAUAAAUAUUUCAUUUUUUGAUAAUAUUUGUUUUAAGAUUUCUAUUCAUGAAUAAAUAAUAAAAACAUAUUUUUGUUUGAAAUUUUUAAAAAUAAAAAGACACUAAAGGCGACAAAAUAAAAAUCAAGGUCCCAAUACUUUUCUUCCCAUUUGAUCUAUUGUGUUCAACUUUAAUUAAAUAAAAGAGUAAACAGUCAUUACA